AUGCUCGUGAUUUGGACUUUGAUCAUUGGACUGGUGGCCGCGACCACUGUGGAUGAGUUGGUCGGGACAUGGACAACGAAAUCCCACAAUGUCCUCACGGGACCAGGAUUCUAUGAUCCUCUUCGUGACCGAUUUCUUGAGCCUAAUUUGACUGGUAUAUCCUACUCGUUCUCCGCCGACGGGUACUAUGAACAGGCCUUGUACCGUGCACUAGCCAAUCCCACUGAACCAUCAUGCCCAACCGGUAUGAUGCAAUGGCAGCAUGGCUCUUAUGUACUGCUCGCCAAUGGUUCCCUGAUCUUGACUCCGAUCGCCGUAGAUGGGCGCCAGCUGCUUUCAGAACCGUGCAAGAAAGACACAAGCACUUACAUCCGAUACAACAACACGGAGCUUGUGAAGGCUUUUGCGGUACAGGUUGAUCCAUACCACGGCGUUCGAAGAUUGGAUCUUACUCAAGGAGACGGCAAGAUUAUGCAGCCCAUGUAUCUUGCGUAUACAACGCCCAAGAUGCUUCCGACCACGACUCUGAAUCCAGCACCCGGAAGCCAUUCGCGAAAGAAGCGCGAUCUUAGCGUGUCAAGCAUUCACCUCGUUGUCAAGGAGCAGCUUAUCAACCCAGACCGUUGGUGGUGGAUCGGUCUCGUGAUGACGUCUCUGGGGGGUGUCGCACUUUUUUGUACCUGA